AUGUCUUCCGCUUCAUACUCUCAACCACCUCGAUCGAGUCCUGGCUCACAGGCGUCGGUAUCUACACCGGUCCUGGCCUCACAAGGGUCUAUCAUGCGUCGUACCCGUCCUAGCCAGGUCCACACGGCUCUUCAACAAGCAUAUGGCAUACCUGCCUCUGGCCCUACUUCAGCCAUAAGUGCCUCCUCGGUGGCAUCUAGUUCUCUGCAUGACUCUCCCAUGAUGUCUCCGGAGAACAUGAUUUUAACCAACAGCAGUUCGAUACAACCAUCACCUGAGCCCUUUCGUGGUCGUGAUGCUGAACAAUUUCCACCAACACCGCUCACACUCGGCGACCCUCUGCUCAACCGCAAGCCCAGUUCCACUUCUAUGAAUCCCAGCAUAGCUCCCAGCUCAGCCCCUAGCAGUAGUUCCAUGGCGGAGGCUCUCCAGAAUCAGAAAGGCAGUAACGGCAAUUUGAUUCGUAAACUAUCAAACAAGACAACAAAUAUGGUGAGGGGUAUGAGCGUUCGCACUCGAAGACAGUCGUCUGUCGCGCCCAAGAGUCGAGAUGGGAGUAUCGGCCCGGGAAUCCUGCGGCGGAGGAGUGAUAGCACCAACACCGCUCCCGCCGAAAACGUUUUCCUCACGGACUCUGACGAAGAAUACCCGCCCGCUGACGAGCGAGAGGCAUUUGUCAAUGCACUAGGUCUCAUUGACGGCCCACUGCGGGAGGUGUCGUCCACAAGUAACCCCGGUUCAGUAUCUGGCACCGCUUCUCCAGUUGAUCCCACAGCAGGACCAGUCAUCCCCUUGGCUUUGAUCAAAGGCACCUACGUGCGCAAAAUCUCCAAAAAGAGAAGAUUCAAGAAGAUCUUGCUGGUUCUGGAUAAUGAGUCUGCCAGGAUCACCUGGGACAGAAACCGACCUUCCAAGUGCAUCUAUGUUGAUGACAUCAGAGAGAUACGGAUAGGCUCCGACACCAGACAGUAUUGCUUGGACUUUGAUGUGCCCGCCUCGGAGCAGUGCCGUUUCUUCUCGAUCCUGUAUGCUGUCUCGGACAAGUCAAAAAGCAAGACCAUGCAUCUCAUCGCCGAUGAUGAUGAGACUUUCGCCAACUGGGUCGAAGCUCUAGAGGCCCUCUCGAAGCAUCGAGAAGAGCUGAUGACUUCGCUCAUGUCUUUCAACGACAAGGCCAUUCGAGCGUAUUGGAGCUCCGAAAUGGCAAAGACUUGGGACGGCAAACCGCACUUGCCUGAUGAUGAGGUCCUCGACUUCACAGGCGUCGAACGCGUUUGUCGCCACUUACAUAUCCACGUCCGACGACAGGACCUACUGGAGAAAUUCAGCUCCGCUGACGUUUACCGAAGAGGUCAACUCAACUUUGCCCAAUUUCAAGACUUUGUCCGUAAGAUGACGCACAGGGUCGACAUCCGUGCUUUGUACCGGGGAAUAGCCAUCGACACUGCAAUCGGUAUCAGCUGGCCAGAAUUUUCCUACUUUCUUCGCGAUACACAGGGCGAAGACGUUGACUCGGAUCCUCGGGCAUGGGAGGCAAAGUUCAACCGAUUUGCGCGUAGGAUGAAAUCCCUCGACGGAGGGGAGAAUGAUGUCCCAAGAAUGAGUGAGCAAGGCCUCGCAGCAUACUUGACUUCGACCUAUAACCUCGCUCUCGCCUCGGAACCAGCAGAGUAUACCCUUGAUCGACCUAUGCACGAAUACUUCAUUUCGAGCUCCCACAAUACCUACCUUGUUGGACGUCAAGUCGCUGAUUUGUCGAGUGUUGAGGGAUACAUCAACGCGCUGAUGAGGAGGUGCAGGAGCAUUGAGGUCGAUUGCUGGGACGGCCCUGACGGACAGCCCUCGGUCCAGCACGGUUAUGCCAUGACCAAUGCCAUCUCCUUCCGGGAAGUCAUCAACGUCGUCAACAAGUACGCUUUUGUGACGAGCAAAUUUCCAUUGUGGAUAUCACUCGAGGUUCACUGCAGUCCUGCCCAGCAGACUAUCAUGUCGGACACAAUGAAGGAGAUUUUCGGAUCUCGCUUGAUUCUGACCGCGCUCGAUCCAUCCUCCGACAAACUGCCAUCACCAUCCGAACUCAAAGAGCGCAUACUUGUGAAGGUCAAAGCGGCUGCUCCUGAGGAGCAGCGCACCGGCAGGGGUUCAUCUACUAGUGGUCGACGUCGAGGAAACAGCUUAACCUCUCCGUACACGAAACCUCUAGCUGCCGAUAAUUCUACCAUCCCUUCCUAUUCUCUGACCCAAAGUCCCAUGCUUGGCCCGCGUGAACACUCGAGACGCAGAGUUGGCAAGCGAUACAACACGAUUACCGAGGGCGAGGUCCAGGAGACAGUCAGCAGCAGUACGAGCGAUUGCGACAGCGGCAACGAAAAGACGCCAGGCAAGAAGAAGACGAGCCGGAUUGUCCCAGCGCUAGGAGAUCUUGGUGUGUACUGCACUGGUGUGAGCUUCAACGGUUUCGAUUCUCUCGAAUGCAAGAUGCCCUACCAUAUUCUAUCAUUCAUGGAAGGCACAUUCAAAUCAAACACGAAGACCAAGGAGCUCAAGGAUCAGUUGUAUCGUCACAAUAUGCGAUACAUGAUGCGUGUCUAUCCUCAGUUCUCCCGGUUGAGCUCGAACAACUUCAAUCCCUUGAUGUACUGGAGAAAGGGUGUUCAGAUGGCGGCAUUGAAUUGGCAGACAUUUGACCUCGGCAUGCAGCUUAAUCGAGCCAUGUUUGACGGCGGCAGUGACCAGUCUGGUUAUGUUCUCAAGCCUCACUCCAUGAGAGAGAUUCGAAUGCUCCCCGAUGGUCUUCCAGCCGAGGCUGUUGGCAAGCUUGUGCGCAAAAAUGUCACAUUUAGCAUCGAUGUCAUCUCUGCGCAGCAGCUCAUGCGACCAGGCAAUCUUGCUUCCAACAGGACCCUCGACCCUUAUGUGGAAGUGGAGGUCUUUCACGCUAAUGACAAGAGGGACAAGCACGACAGCACUGUGGGCAUUCCUGCACCCAUGGACAGCCCUCUGAAGCGUACCACCAGCGUUGUGAGAGAGAAUGGCUUCAACCCCGUCUUUGAUGAGAAGAUGAAGUUCCGCAUCACCACGAAGUAUCCCGAGCUCGUUUUUAUUCGUUGGAGCGUCAAAUUUUCCACAACAGGGGAGCCCAACGACCGCGCCCCUACAAUGGCCACAUUUACUGCCAAGCUGAGCAGUCUCAAGCAUGGCUAUCGCACGUUGCCUCUCCUAGAUGCCAACGGCGAUCGUUAUUUGUUUUCGACGCUAUUCUGCCGUAUCGAGCUUGGUCCUACCACAGACGUCUACGUGAAUCCUGGAGAUAGUGUGGAGUCUGUAGGCAAGUUCAAAACACUCGGCAGCAAAGUUUUCAACCGAUCCAACACAAACAACAGAGCGGCUUCAGAGAAGUCCUUCGAAAAGUCCAGUCUUGACAGCGGGUGCUCAGAACUCUCGCAACAGUCGGCGGGCAGAACCUGA